AUGUGCACGUCACCCGAGUACACUUUCCCAGAAAUUGGGUUAACAAUAAACGAAGAUGUAAAGGUUAUGAUUCCAAUUCAAGCUAUGCACAACGACGAAAAGUAUUUUAUAAAUUCACAAAAAUUUGCUCCAGAAAGAUUUAACGAAGGCAUAAAAAAAUUUAAAAACGUUUUCCUACCGUUUGGUGUUGGUCCGAGAGCGUGCGUUGGUGCAAGAUUGGGACAAAUGCAAUCAAUGGCCGGCUUAGCAGCAGUUUUACAGAAGUUCACCGUGGAGCCAGCAGCGUGUACCGUUAGAAGUCCAAAGCCAGAGCCAACAGCAAUUGUGUCCGAGAGCUUUGUAGGUGGUCUACCUCUCAAAAUUAAAAAGAGGGUACUUACC